AUGUCUAUGUACAGACGUUCGAGAAAAUCCCAGUCGAGGAAUGAAGAAUUUCAAGAACAAGAUUUGUGGGAAGUUGUGAAUGAAAGAAAGGAGCCCAGUUUCACAUCAAAACGCCAGCCAACAGCAGCCAGAAUAAUGAUCCGGACAGACAAUAAAAAUCAUAACAUCGAUGAACCUAGAACUGUUCAAAACUCAGCCCCUGUCAGCAUUCCUGACUGGUCCAAAAUUUAUGGGGAAAGCUCAAAGAAUGGCAAUGGUGAUGAUUUUGUAAGAAGUAGUUGGGAAAGUGAUGGAGAUGAAGAUGAGGAUGAUGAUGGGAAUCUGAUACCACCACAUGAAUUUAUUGCUAGAAAGCUUGCAAGGAAACAAAUUUCUUCAUUCUCAGUGUGUGAAGGUGCUGGAAGAACCCUCAAAGGGAGGGACCUAAGCACGGUAAGAAAUGCUAUUUUAACCAAAACUGGCUUUCUUGAAUAA